CCCAUAUGACCGAUAUAUAUUGAUGGCUGCCAAUUCUUCCGCAGGACUUCUGUCAAGGAGGUCAGGACUCUGUGGUUUCCUGCAGAGAGUUUGCUGUCUAGGAAGCGGUGGUCCCCCUGCAGCCUUACUGUGUCAGCAACAUCGGCGCUUCUUCUGGAGGAAGUGGAAGAAUUCUCACUCUCACAAUGUAGUUCGCCCAGCUACUGUUAGGCCUGCCUACGCCGUACCAAAGCACAUUGUGCGACCUGACUAUGUGGGUACUGGAAAGGUCCCAGAGUGGCCAGACUACAUAGAGAUCAAAGACCAAGAGCAGAUCGAAGGUCUUGCCAGAGCAUGUCAGCUAGCCAGACAUGUACUGCUACUUGCCGGAUGCAAUCUGAAGGUUGGUAUGACAACAGACGAAAUAGACUUCAUCGUGCAUCAGGAGACAAUUAAGAACGAUGCCUACCCAUCCCCUCUGAGAUAUGGGGGUUUCCCCAAAUCAGUCUGCACAUCUGUGAACAACGUGGUCUGUCAUGGCAUACCUGACAGUCGGCAACUCCAAGAUGGUGAUAUUAUCAACAUUGAUGUCACUGUGUAUUUAGAUGGUUACCACGGUGACACCUCGGAAACCUUCCUGAUUGGCCAGGUGGAUGAGGUUGGCCAACGAUUGGUGGAAACUGCCAGGCGUUGCCGAGAUGAGGCCAUUGCUGCCUGCAAGCCGGGCGCACAGCUCUGUGUUAUAGGGAACACUAUAAGUGAAGUAGCCCAUGCCAAUGGCUUCAAAGUGUGUCCAUAUUUCAUUGGACAUGGAAUAGGCUCCCGCUUUCACUGCCAUCCUGAGAUCUGGCACCAUGCAAAUGACAAUGACAUGACCAUGGAUGAAGGAAUGGCUUUCACAAUAGAACCCAUACUGAUGGAGGGAUCUGCAGAGUUUAGAAUCCUGAAGGACAAGUGGACAGCAGUAUCUGCAGAUGAUAAAAGGUCGGCUCAGUUUGAACACACGGUUGUCAUCACAUCUGACGGAGUGGAUAUUCUCACGAAACUCCCAGAAGAGAGCAAUCUGUGACCUGACGUGAUCUACCUGCAGACUUCUACACCAAGCUUUUACAAAUCUGUUUACAUCAAAGAGGGUCUAAUCUAUAUUCACUUUGUUUAUACUGAGUACAAGUCAGUAUAAAAGACCCCUCCCCCCUUGAAACAGUUAAAUAGCAUUCGUACAAGCAGGGUUGUAGCCAGGAUUCUAGAUGCACUGAGGUUAUGAGUCAAUAUCCCUCUGCACAACUUCAACCACUGUAACACUAAAACUAUUUGUACUAUGAGUAUUUAAUAAAAUCAU